AUGGACAGGAGUUGGAUGUCUAUUAAGAACUACCUAGACCCCAAGUAUUUAGAUGGAGUUGAUGAAUUUAUUAAGUUUGCUUUUCUAGGCAAGGAUCCUAAUUGUAAACUGCCAUGUCCUUGCAAAGUAUGCAGUAAUUUUGAGGAUCAAACUAAGGAAGUCAUGGCCAAUCACUUGUGUCGAGGAAUUGUUGAUAGUUAUACUAGGUGGAUAUAUCAUGGUGAAGGGUUUGAAUCUGAUGAUGAGAAUGAUGACAUAGAAAUAAAUGACAACGAUAGUGACUUUGACAGUAUGGAGGAGCUGUUAAAUGAUGUAGGAGUUGCUAACUUUGGUGAGAGUUGGAGACAUUCACCGGAACUUGAUACGGGUGCUUGUACCGAGAAAGAAGGAGAAGCAAGUAGGUUUCUCAGAUUAUUAUCGGAGGCUGAAAAAUCUCUAUACCCGGGCUGUGAAAAGUAUUCAAAACUCUCGUUUAUUGUCCAUAUCCUCCACUUGAAAACAAUGAAUCGGUGGACUUGUAAAUCUACUGAUAUGUUGCUGAAGUUCUUGCAUCAAGUAUUUCCUACAGCUUUGAUUCCCAGUUCAUAUUACGAGGCAAACAAUUUCAUCCGUGAGUUGGGGCUGAAGUGUGAAAAGAUCCACGCCUGUGAAAAUGAUUGCGCACUCUUUUGGAAUGAAAAUAAAGGCCUUGAUCAUUGUCCAAAUGAAAAAUGUAAAGCACCGCGGUAUAAAUCUCCAAAUUCCAAAAUACCUAGAAAGGUGUUGCGUUAUUUUCCAUUAAAACCAAGGCUGCAAAGACUGUUUGUGAACAAAGAGAUUACUCGGGAUAUGAGGUGGCAUAAGGAGAGACGUGUAGAUAAUGAGAACAUGAUGCGACACCCUGCUGAUUCAUUAGCUUGGAAGGAUUUUGAUAGAAAUCACAAGUCCUUCGCUGAAGAUCCUAGAAAUGUGAGGCUAGGACUUGCUAGUGAUGGCUUUAAUCCCUUUGGAACCAUGAGCAAUUCAUACAGUAUAUGGCCUGUUAUCCUUGUUCCUUACAAUCUACCUCCUUGGAAAUGCUUAAAAGAUCCAUUUUUUUUCCUAUCAAUGAUUAUUCCUGGUCCCAAAGCACCUGGAAAUGACAUUGACAUAUUCUUUAGACCACUAGUUGAUGAGUUAAAAGAGUUAUUUGCCACUGGUGUGGAGACAUAUGAUGCCUUCAGGGAGGAGAAGUUCAUGUUACGUGCAGCACUUUUGUGGACAAUAAACGAUUUUCCAGCAUAUGGCUAUUUGUCGGGAUGGAGUACAAAAGGGUACAAGGCAUGUCCUGUGUGCUUAGAUGAGACGACUAGUCUAUAUCUUAAUAAUGGUCACAAAUGUUGUUACAUGGGCCAUCGCCGUUUUCUACCUAUUGAUCAUAAAUGGCGUCGAGAAAAAAAACAAUUUAAUGGAGAAAGAGAACAUAGACAGCCUCCUAGGACCCUAUCAGGUGAGGAAGUCCUCCAACAACUUCUUCGUAUUGAGCAAGUUGAGUUUGGCAAGGCACCUGAUUUGCUGCAACAGAAGAAAAGAAAACGCGUGCAGAACAGUUCAAAUUGGAAGAAGAUGAGCAUAUUCUUUGAACUUCCAUAUUGGAGUACCAAUAAAAUUAGACAUAAUUUGGAUAUUAUGCACAUUGUCAAGAAUGUAUGUGAAUCUUUGGUAGGUACAUUAAUGAAUAUCCCUUCGAGAACUAAGGACACAUGGCAGGCUAGGAAGGAUUUAAAAGAAAUGGGAUUAAGGGAAGAGUUGCAUCUACAACCGGGAGGUGGCGCAUCUAAAGUUAUGCCACCUGCAUGUUACACUUUAUCACGCCUAGAGAAAAAGAAUUUCUGCCAGUUUUUGAGCACUAUCAAGUUCCCGGAUGGCUUUGCUUCAAACAUUCCUCGGUGUGUGAAGACCAAGGAGUGUCAACUUUUAGGAAUGAAGAGUCAUGACUACUAUGUGUUCAUACAACGAAUUCUUCCAGUAGCAACUAGAGGAAUGCUGUCAAAAGAUGUAUCUCAGAUUUUAGUAGAGAUCAGCAAUUUUUUUCGAAAAAUUUGUUCUCGAACUCUCUAUCUAGAUGAGCUGGAAAUGCAGGAAAAAAAUAUUAUUUUAAUACUAUGCAAACUUGAGAAAAUUUUUCCUCCAAAUUUCUUUGAUGUAAUGGUCCAUUUAAUGGUCCAUUUACCCACUAAAUCCAAGAUUGCUGGACCAGCUCAAUACCGGUGGAUGUUUCCAUUUGAGAGAAAAAUGGGUCAAUACAAAGGCUAUGUGAAUAAUAGGGCACGACCUGAAGGCUGUAUAGCUGAGCGCUACUUGGAUGAUGAAUGUCUUACAUUCAUUUCCAGGUAUUUGCAUGAUGUUCCGACCAGGUUUAAUCAAACGGAACGAAAUAUGGAGAAACACGAAGCUGCUGGAAAAUUAUCUAUAUUUUCUAGCUUGGCUCGGCCCUUUGGGGCAGCACUGAUUGGUUAUCUAAGUGAGGUUGAAUUGCAAAGAAUACACCUGUUCAUCUUGAAAAAUUGUGAAGAAGUAGAUGAUUACAUGAGGGAGCAUAGACAAAUUCUUGAAAAGCAAAAUUUAUCAAGCGUACACCAAAGGCUAGACUCGGAGUUUCCAAAGUGGUUUGAAGAACGUGUCAUGUAUACACAUGCACGUGGAGAAUGUACUGAUGAAUUGUUGUCCUUGGCUAGAGGACCUGAUUUUCGAGUCAAUACAUUUGCUGGCUGUAAUGUGAAUGGAUUUAGAUUCCACAUUAAGGCUCGGGAAAGAGAAAGAAAGACACAAAAUAGUGGAGUUAUGGUAAAGGGGGAGCAUGCUGAUAAAGAAACAUACUUCUAUGGUAUAAUUACUGAUAUAGUUGAGGUUGAAUACUCAUUUACUCAAAAUCGAGUAGUUGUGUUUAAAUGUGAUUGGUGGGACUUGAGAAAUAAUUCGGGAAUCAAAGUAGACAAGCAGAGCAAUAUCACUAGCAUCAACAUGUCAAAAACAUGGUACUCAGACCAGCCUUUUAUAUUAGCAUCCCAAGCUGAACAAGUUUUCUAUCUUCAAGAUUUGAAGCUUGGAGGUAAUUGGCAUGUUGUAGAGUUAGUUAGUCCACGCUCAUCUUAUGAUGUUCCUGAGAAGCAUGAAGAUGAUUUGGUUGAUAACGAAGAGGCUUACCAAGAAGAGUAUCAUGAAGAUUUGAUUGGUGUACAAGAAAAUCUUGAGUUGGUCAGUUUGAAGAGAGGAGAUGUGCAAACUGAAGAAAGGAUAGAGGCUGGUGCUAUGUUUUUAUAUAGAAUUGUCAGCUAG